GGACCUACGUAAGGUGGUAGUUACAUUACGAAACCGGCUCGUUACUUCCGCCAGACUGUACAAGCGAUCGGUAACUGCGAAGACUCAUCAAACCUUUCCGGAUAAUUUCUUCACGAGAGAUUCAAACACUCCUUAGACAGUCGGGAUGUCUGCUUAUGAUGAGAACGAGUCCAAGUUCAUGCGGAAAGCAAGGGAGAAUCCAUUCGUCCCAGUGGGACUGGCUGGAUUCUUUGCCAUUGUUGGGUACAGACUGAUGAAAAUGAAAAGUCGUGGAGACACAAAGAUGUCGGUGCACCUGAUCCACAUGCGUGUGGCUGCCCAAGGCUUUGUGGUUGGAGCCAUGACUGUUGGAGUCCUGUAUUCAAUGUACAGAGAUUACAUUGUAAAACCCAGAGAAGAACAGAAAGCAGUGCAAAACAAGUGAACACGGCCUCUUAGACUGUAAUUUAUGUCCCUUAAUAUUACCUCAUAUUAAGGUGUAUAGAGUGUUUAUUUUUACAGAUGUGUCUUAAUUUUUGUAGCACACAUCCUUUUAGCAACUCACCUCUACUGUAAAUAGCGAUAACUUAUUGAUUGGACUUGCUAUCACCUCUGUAUUGAGAAGGAGGUGUGUUGAUCUCAGCUGGUUUAAUACUGGUUAAACUCUUUGUUUUGCGGUUAUAAAUCCCGCUGGUUUGAUAUCUGUGUGGACAGAUGACAUUGCUGAAUACAGAGUUUUGUUGCCUCCUACCUGAAUGGUGAGUGAGUGAAAUAUCAAAAACUAGAAAAUGUAUAUAUAAUUUGAAACAGUGUGGUUAGGCUAGGUCUAGACUUAAAGACAACCACCAGUGGCAGGUCGCCUGACCAUUUUUUCCCUUUGUCAUUAUUUUAUUGUCUCAUACCAGCUAUAUUCUUUUAUGUACUAAUUUAGGGAUGUUUUGCCAAAUUAAAAUGCUUGCACCUUAUCCCACUUUGCAAAGAAAAUUUGCAUUUUGGGCAUCUUGAGGAAGGCUUUGACAACAUUUGGUUUACAGACAAUGCCUAAACUCUCAGAUUAUCUAAACAACUAGAACAGAGGUUUUUGACUCAAAAUUGUAUGAUACAAUAAAUAAAAUUUUAAAAUAAUGACAUGGAAAUUGUAAAAGGAAAAAAAGGUAAGACAUUUUACUGAGCCAACAUUUUACUGAGCCAAAACAAUAAAUGUCUCUUGUAAAAUUAAAAUAGGGGAUUUUAAUUCAGUAGGCUUUAUACAGAUGGAUUGUAAGGGCCACUUCUUUUUUCAAGUUUUUAUCACAUUGUGAUACACAGGGGUCCAGCUUCACAAGCCCCCACGAUACAUAGUGUAUAAACCCACACCUACACCCACAGACUGUGCAAUAACCUCUAAAAUAUCAUCAUAUAUCCUACCUUCUGAUAUGCUUAAAUAGAUGCCUCGCUAAGUUAUAAAUAAAAUUGAGUUUUGAUUGUUGUGUGCAAAUACAGAACAUGUUAUUUUGGAAUGUUUGUUCCUUUUUUUUUUUUUUUCCUCUGGAAAUAAAUAUGAUCAGUCUCGUAAAUCUGAUAUUUUGUAGUGUGUACCUUUUAGGAACCUCUCCAAGUUGUACUGAAAAUGUGUUUUGACUGUUCUGAUUAGUCUUUUGUACCAUGCCGUAUACAAUUGUACACUCAACUGCCAGAUUAUCAAGUACAUCUAAUGCAGCUAAAAUUCACCAAUUCAGCAGCCCCAAGAAGUACUCCACAAUGGCCAUAAGGUUUUCUACUGAGUUUUUUAUUUUUAUUUUUAUUUAAACUUAACAUUACAACAUUCAUGAAAGUAGGAUUUAAUGCAGGCUGAAUUAGUUUUAGUUAUUUGUACCUAAUAAGCUGCCAAAUGAUCCUGUAAUCAAAACAAAUGAUUUUGAUGUAUGUUAAAUCAAACUUUCUCACUUUUAGCUCCUGGUAAAUGGAACGUCUUUACUGUUCGCUUCAUUGUGCUCCAGCAGGUGCCCCCUCCCCCAAAAAAUCCAAAGAAUAAAACCAUUGAAAAUUUUUGAACAUUACCCUUCCACUCCCAUCAAAUAAAACUACUCUGCCCUCCUUAACUGAUAUAUCAAUGUUUUACGCUUUGAAAUACUCCCCCGUGUAUUGUCCCAAGAGCAAAUACUGUAAAAAGCUGUCACUGUGACUCUGCAUUUCCUGUGAUGACGAGUGUAUUACUCACAAUAGAUAACACAAUGAGACUACCUGAGAUCCAGUAAACAUUAUGCAGCUGCCACGUAUCAGGUUACGCUGUACGACAGGAAAAUGCAAGUGAAAAGCACAUAUAUCAUGUCCCUGUUUAGUUAAUAUAAAAAAAAAAAACACCAGAGGGGGGUGUAUGUAAGCUUGAUUAUGCUAAUCCUGUAGCUGUCAUCACUCCCCAUUCACCGUACACACAAUUAUUCCAAAUCAGCAUCCUUGAGGGGGACCCUUUCUUCCACACUCGGACUGAGGGGUGACUGAGGUAAUUGUAAAGCUUCUAUGUGAUUCCCUAUCAA